CAUAACACUUAUCAUUGUGAAAUGUGUUAUUGUGAGAAGUGAGUCAAGCAUACAGAAAGUAAUCCUAUGCAAAUCCACCCCUUGCCCACAUACCAACUCACUCUGUAUAAAGACAAGGCUGUGUGUAACCACUGAUAACAGUAAACACUUCUUCGAGGGCAGUGCAGAAAAAACCUUUUUGUUACCUGACUGCUGAGUCAGAACCAAAGAAGGAGCUGGGAGGCUGCAGCCAUGCUCCCUUCCCAGGCUCUCCUGCCCGCAGUGCUGUUUGCACUCGCAGCCCUUCAGGCCCUUGCCUCUGACACCUUCAUGGCAGCUGUCUACGAGCACGCCGUCAUCCUGCCAGGUCCCACUGAGGAGCCUGUUUCUCCCGACAGUGCUUUGGCCCUGAUGAACAAAAACAUGGAUGUCCUGGAAGGGGCCAUCAAGGAAGCUGCCCAGCAGGGUGCCCACAUCAUCGUGACUCCUGAAGACGGCAUCUAUGGCUGGCGAUUCACAAGAGAAUCCAUCUACCCCUACCUGGAGGAUAUCCCAGAUCCAGUGGUGAAUUGGAUUCCCUGCACUGACCCCUCAAGAUUUGGUCCAGCACCAGUGCAGGAACGACUCAGCUGCAUGGCCAGAAAUAACUCCAUCUAUGUGGUUGCAAAUAUCGGGGACAAGAAGCCGUGUGACUCCAGCGAUCCCGACUGCCCCAGGGACGGUCGCUACCAGUACAAUACGGAUGUUGUGUUUGACACACAGGGGAAACUGGUGGCUCGUUACCAUAAGUACAAUCUGUUUAGAGGUGAAACUCAGUUUAAUUACCCAAAAGAGCCAGAAGCUGUCAUCUUUGAGACUCCUUUUGGGAAGUUUGGCACUUUCACUUGCUUUGACAUCCUUUUCUAUGAGCCUGCCGUGGUUCUGGUGAGCAAGAUGCAGGUGGACACCGUGCUCUUCCCAACAGCUUGGAUGAAUGUCCUGCCCUUUCUGACUGCAAUUGAGUUUCACUCUGCUUGGGCUAUGGGCAUGCGUGUUAAUUUACUUUCAGCAAAUACUCACAACACCAGCAUGGCAAUGACAGGCAGUGGGCUGUUCACGCCAGAAGGACCUGCCACCUACCACUAUGACAGUGCCACCGAGGAGGGACGGCUCCUGCUAGCAGAGAUGAGAACACACCCCCGUCUUUCCCCCACCUACCCUCCUGCCAUCAACUGGAGUUUGUAUGCCACCAGCAUCAAGAAAUUUCCUGGAGAAAACGACACUUUCUCCGGAGCUGUCCGGAAGGAUAUAUUCACUUUCAGUGAACUCAAGCACAAGGAUGGAAAUUACACUGUUUGCCAAGGAGACCUUUGCUGUCAUCUAGUUUAUCAGAUGUCAAACAAGAGGAAAGAUGAAGUUUAUGUCCUGGGUGCAUUUGAUGGGCUUCACGGUUCUGUCAUAAAGUACCAUUGGCAGAUCUGCAGUCUGCUCAAGUGCCCCAGCACAAACCUGAGCACAUGUGGGCAGCCCGUGGAGACGGCUCAGACCAAAUUUGAGAUGUUCUCCCUCAGCGGCACAUUUGGCACCAGCUACGUCUUCCCAGAAGUGCUGUACAGCGGGGUGCAGCUGGCCCCCGGGGAGUUCCAGGUGCUACGUGACGGGCGUUUGAACAGCAAGCGCGGCACAUCGAAACCGCUCCUAACUGCGACACUUUUUGGAAGACUUUAUGAGAAGGACCAGCCACAUCCUCUGCGAAUUUCCCCAUAAAGUACCUCCUUAGGAGUUACACACUUACAGGAGGGGAAUUUUCUCCUGAACCACAGCAGUUGCCCUGUAUGAUUCCUGUUCUGCAAUACUGCGUUUCUGCUCAGCGGCUGUGGCAGUUGGGCUUAUUUGGGAGAAAAUGGUGUGUUUGCUCUGCUGUGCAUGCCUUUUUAACAGUGCUUGAGCCAGUGCAAUUAUUUUUUAGUAUGCAUGAUCUGUCACAUGAACCUUUUAAUCAGAAAUUUUGUUUCCCCAAGAUAGCAUAUAGAUUACUAAGAUUACAGUAGAAAUAAAACAUAUCAAAAUC